UCUGAUUCCAACGACGAUCACUGUAGUCCACGAUGAUUGGUCUUUUGCAUGCGGCAUCAAUUGUGUUUGUUGGAGCACUACUAUAUAGGUUCGUAAUCUGGUUGCGGAACAUUCGACUUGCACAAGCUACCGGUCUACCUUGGACGUGGACACCCAUCCUCGAGACUGAAUUUCUGGGCCUCUGCUUGACGCCAAUUCUACGAACAGUAUAUCACCGAAAUCUGGACAAAGGACAAGGGUGGCCUCGCUGGUGCCGCUUCAUCAUCAAGGACUGGCAAUGGGAAGAUAAGAGAAGAGCGCAUGAAGAGUAUGGUGACGUUUUUCUCUGUGUUGCUCCGCACGGCAUAAUUUGCUAUUGUGCAGAUGCCGCGAUGGCAUGGGAUGUAAUGAACAGGCGCUAUGAUUUUCCGAAGCCAAUGGACAAGUAUAAAUUGCUGGAACCUUAUGGACCAAACGUUGCUACGACUGAAGGAAAAAACUAUCAGUUUCAUGUGCGAAUUACCGCUCCACCUUUUGGAGACCUCAGCGGUGUCAACUCACUUGUCUGGAGGGAGACGCUCAAGCAAACACAAGUGCUAUGCGAAGCGUGGUCGAAAGAAAGCUCGCGCAGUCUCUCCGGUGAUCUGAAUGCUCUCACCCUAUCAGUCAUCUCGCUUGCCGGAUUCGGAAAGCAAAUCAACUGGACGACGAGUGAUGAGGAGCAUCAAGACAUACCGGAAGGAUACAUCAUGAGCUUUCUCAAGGCCAUCAGCGACACAACGGGGUUCAUGGUCGCCAUCCUUCUCUUCCCAGGCUGGUUGCUUCGUAUGACUCCGUUGAAGAAGGCAAACGAAGCACACAUGGAGCUGGACAAGUAUCUUCGCCAGAUGAUCAGGAAUGAAAGAGGAAGGAUCGCAGCUGGAGCCACAUCUGAUACGAGGGCAGUCGCGACCCGCGGCAAUUUGCUGACCUCGCUCCUCGAAGCUUCCCAUUCUGAGUCCAAGUCAAGCAAGAAUUCCUCAGACGGGGUCCAGAAGCGGGCGUUCACCGAAGAUGAAGUUAUGGGUAAUCUGUUCAUAUACCUUUUGGCGGGCUAUGAGACCACUGCAAAUUCCAUAUACUACGGUCUUGCACUUUUGGCCGUUCGCCCAGACAUACAGAAUGAGACAAUAGCAGAGAUUGACCGCAUAUAUGGAGAGGCGAAAGCUGAUGGGCGAGAUGAACUCACGUACGAACAAGAUUUCGAGAAGCUUCAUUACUUAUACGGGUUCAUGUAUGAGACGUUCAGACUGUACCCGGGUGUGCUUCUGAUCACAAAGAUGGUCUCGAAACCGCAACAGAUAAAAGUUUCUCUUGGUAGCGGCAAGGUCAGCUCUCACAUCUUGCCACCAGAGACCAGAGUGUAUCUGAACACUCCAGCUGUACAUUAUUCAGAAAAGUACUGGCCAAAUCCGACCGAGCUGGAUCCUUCCAGAUGGAUGCCCGAGCCCAAAGCUGAGAACACUGACAAGAAGGUCGUCGCUGCAGACAGGACAAGACAUAUGAGAGGCACAUUGCUGACCUUCUCUGACGGCGCACGGUCUUGCUUGGGUAGGAAGUUUGCUCAGGCAGAAUACAUCGCCUUCUUGACAUCGCUGCUCAGAGAUUAUCGUGUAGAGCUUGAGCCUGGGCAGGAUGUCGCGACUGUUCGGCGAGACUUGGACCUCAAGUGUGCAGGCAAGGUCACACUGGCGCCAUUAGAUACACUUCGCUUGACCUUGAAGAAGAGGAACGCAUCAUCGGAAAACGCAAAAUAGAGUAUACACAGCACUUAGUGGUCCAAGAAUGACAGGUGGUGGUGGCGCGAGUUUCCCUUGGCCCUUGAUGUUUUCCCCGCCUUCGCAAUUCCAUCACCGUCUCUCGCUCGUCUUUGUAACGAUCAACCACCAAUAAUCUCA